GCGCCUCGCUCACGUGCGUGCCACUGUCAAUCAAUCCAGCGCGUCAUGAGUCUCAUUCACAGGUGAUAUCUAUUAGCCUACCACAUAUGCUGUCAGGUGUCGAGUCCGCAUUCCAUCAAACGGUUUUCCUACCGUCAGAGAGAGAUUCUUUGAAUCGGUUUCGGCGAGUUGCAGUGGGCUUUGCAGAUGCCAUGUUGGAGCAGUAAGCUAACCAUGGCGGAAAAUCAUCUGGAGUACGGCUACCUGGAGGGCGAGUCCAUGGUGGAGCAUUUCGCCGAGGACCCGGAGCUGGCCGCCAUCAAAGCCAGGGUUCAGGAGCUGGAGAUGGAGGAGGAGACGGAGAGACUGAAGGAAGAAGAGGAGAGGUGUGAUGCAGCAGAGAUGCAGCUUCUGACAAGCUCCCCUCGACCUGGACCUUUCUACAAUAUGACUCCUGAGGAGAGGAUAGAGGCGGACAACAGAUCAGUCUAUGUAGGAAAUGUAGAUUAUGGAGCAACUGCAGACGAGCUAGAGAUCCAUUUUAACGGCUGUGGUCCCGUCAACCGAGUUACCAUCUUAUGCGACCGGUUCUCAGGCCAUCCUAAAGGGUUUGCUUACAUUGAGUUCUCUGAUCGAGAUUCAGUGCAAAGUGCCAUUGGUUUACACGAGACCUUGUUCAGAGGAAGAGUCCUGAAGGUAAUGCCCAAAAGGACCAACAUGCCAGGAAUCAGCACCACAGACAGGGGAGGACACCGAGGCGGCCACACCAGAGGCGGCAGAGGCAGAGGAGGUUACCGUCCACCGCGAUACCAGAGCAGCUCUCGAGGCAGGUUUAGGUAUCAGUCGACCAGGCCACAGCAUCAAACACCCCACCCUUAUUACGGAGGCCCCUCAGUGGGGAAGAGACAGUGGGGACAUAUGGACUACCAGGAACAGGUGCCUAAACGUUAUCCUUGUCUUCUUCUCAUCACUCCACCCUCAGAGGAACUGGGGGCGGGGUCAGGUGGACAGCACUAUCCUCAACAGCGCUAGCAACACCCACAACCAACGUAGAAGAGUGGGUGAAAGAACUGAUCAUUUUUAAGUGUUUCUAGAAAUUACUGAGUUGUGAGAGAGGAGAAUGGAUCAAUGACAUAACUUUUUAAAAUUUGCAUCCCUGCAUCAGUCAUUGAAGUUUGUGAGAUGUUGUGAGGUCUGGGAUCAGCCGUGUUGUAUUAUAAGCUUCUGUGAAUGCAUGGGACAACCCUUAACUCGUUAAAAAGUUUGCAUCUCUUACUGAUUUUACUAAUUGAUGCGAAUGUCUUGUGUUUUGCCUGUAAUGUCAAGUGUAAAUUCCUCUUACGUAUAACUUAUAAGUUCUUUGUUAUGUUAAGUGAAUGAAUAAAUAAAACAAUUGAUCUGAUAAAAUGA